UUUGUGGCUGGCGGGUAAAUGAUUUUCGGUUUCAAAACAAAAUUAGGAUUGUUAUUAAGCGUGUAAUUUGUAAAAAAAAAAGUACUAUCGAUUCAAACAAAAUUGAAAUCGUUGGCUUACUUAUGUGUGUGUUUUUGCCUGAUAAGUUAAAAGCAACAACACCAACUGCUUGUAAAUAUGGCUGGCUCAAGAAAACGUCAAAGUUCCUCACCAGAUGUCCCAGGAAAUAAACGAAGCAGGCAGGUUUCACCUUCAGAAACCGUCACUGUCCCACUGACAAGAAAUCCUCAACUUUCUAAGACUGAAGAAGAAGCAGAGGUUGGAAUCAUUGAGUCAAUUUCUCUCAAGAACUUCAUGUGUCACGGAUGUCUUGACUUUCGUUUUGGACCCAACGUAAAUAUCAUCAUAGGCCACAACGGAAGUGGAAAGAGUGCAAUCUUAACAGCCCUCGUGAUCGGUCUAGGUGGCAAAGCUCAUGCAACUAAUCGAGGAUCAAACAUAAAAGGCUUUAUCAAGACUGGAAAACUGUCAGCAGAAAUUAUUGUAAAAUUGAGAAACAGAGGAGUGGAUGCACACAAACCUGAAGAAUACGGCUCAACCAUUACUAUUGAAAGAAGGAUCACUUCUGAUGGAACUAGUACAUACAAAAUGAAAGGGGAAUUAGGUAAUCUUGUCUCAUCCAAGAGGGAGGAAUUGGUCCACAUCCUAGAUCAGUUCAACAUACAGGUUGAUAACCCUGUUGCUGUCCUUAAUCAAGAAGUUAGCAGAAAAUUUCUAAGUUCCAAGAAUGAUCACGACAUAUUUCAGUUUUUCCUGAAAGCAACUCAGCUGGGUCAGAUGUGUCACGAUUACGAUACUGCUGAUGAACAGAAAAUAAUUACUAUCGACAUUCUUUCCAUUAAAGAAGAAAACUUCAAAGUGCUUGAGAAAGAAGUAAAAGAGUGGGAAAAGAAAUGGCAAUUCCAUCAAUCACUGGACCAACAACGUCAGAAAAUAGACAAGUUAAAGAAGGAAAUUGCAUGGGCUUACAUCACUGAGCUUGAAAGGAACGUUGAAGAACUGUUGAAAACCUUCACAAGAGAAGACAGAAGCACUCCAAAGUAUGAAGAAAAAGUUCAGGAACAAGAGUCUAAACUAAACAAAAUAAGUCAUCGCAGAGAAAGAGAAUUGAAAGCUAUAGAGAAUGAGAUGCAUGCUGUAAAAAAAGAAAAAGAAGGUCUUAUUAUAAAAAUUGAGGAACUAAGAAAAGCUGGACCAGUGGAUUAUGUUGCUCAACGGGAGGAACGGUUAAGAAAAAUGCAGCUGUUAGAAGAUGAGAAACAGAGGCUUCACUCUCAGCUUUCAACGAGUAAGCUUCAUCUAGAGCAGCUAAAGAAGUCAGUGCUUCAUUACGCUGAAAAGGAGGAUAACAUACAGACUGAAAAGCAGGGGCUGGAAAUGGAAUAUCGGGCUCUUAAUCGUAAGGUGCAAGACCUGGAAGCUAGUCGAGGAAACCAGCUAAGGAUGUUUGGAACACAAGUUCCUGAAUUAAUAACGAAAAUUAAUGAAGCAUAUCAACAAGGAAAGUUUAAAAAAAAGCCUCGUGGACCAGUAGGAUCUUGCAUUCAUCUCAAAGAUCCAAAUUGGGCUCUUGCUGUUGAGACGUGUCUUAAGUCAUUGAUGUUUGCUUUCUGUUGUGACAACCAUCACGAUGAAAAAGUUCUACAAGAUUUAAUAAAUAGAGUUCUUGUAGAUGGAAGAAAACCUCAGAUUAUUUGUGCCACUUUCCAGGAAAAGCUGUAUGAUGUAGUGGAUUAUGCUGUACAAAGCACAGAAUUCCGAAGUGUCCUGGAAAUAUUGUCCGUUAAAGAUCCAGUUAUAGUCAACUGUCUUAUUGAUCAGCGAAUGAUUGAGUGCGUUCUUCUUAUUCCUGACAAAGAACAAGCUCGUCAAGUUAUGUUAAACAAUGUACCAAAGAAUUGUCGAGAAGCUUUCACAAUAGAGGGAGACCAAUUAUAUCCGUCACCAAGUUUCCGCUACUACUCAUCUUUAAAACAUCGGGCCAGUUUGCUUCAAGGAAACGUGGAAGAAGAAAUCAAAGUCAAGAAGCAGGAAGCAAAGAGUGUUCAAAGUCAAAUUCAAGAAAUGCAGCGAAAUUUCCAGGAAACUUCUGAACAGAAGCAAUCAAAUGAAAGAGAGAUGCGCAAUGCUGACACGCACGUUGCCAAGAUUAAUCAGUCAAUAGCCCGCACGAAUCUGGAGAUCAAUGAUCUGCGGAAUACAGAGGAACCUGAUCCUGUGAAUGUCAGUGCUCUGGAUGACGAAGUUUCCUUCCUGAACCAAAAACUGGAAAAGUACCAAGCAGAACAACAGAAGAAGAAAGAAGUGGUUGAAGAAGCUUUCCAGGAAUUGAAGCAGGUGGAUGACAGGUGUCAGAGUUUGGAUGUGAAAAUAAAGUCCUUGUUGAAUGAAACUCAUCCUGUCAAGGAAAAAUUGAAUCAAAUUGACAGCGAGAUUGAGCAGCUAAAAGCAAGCCGACGCCAUUACCAGGAUAAACUAAAGAAACAUGCAGAGACAGUUGCAAGGAUGAAGAGAGAAUUUGAAAUAGCUAAAAAAGAUUGUGAAGAUGUGUGUAAAGAUGUGAUAACGGGAUGUGUGCAUAAAGAUGUGAUAACAGGGUGUGUGCAUAAAGAUGUGAUAACAGGCCAUGGCAACAAGGAGGAAGUGACCGUUCAGUAUUAUGAAACAAAACAAAAAUACGAAAAGAUUCAACUGGAAAUGAAGAAAAUGAAGAAAUUCAUGGAGGCGUUGGAUGAAGGUAUUCGAAAGAGGAAGAAAGCUUAUAGAAUAUUCCGACAACAACUCUGUCUACGUAUAAAAUACUUGUUUAUCACGGCACUAUCUCAGCGGAAUUAUGAUGGGAAAAUCUCUUUCGAUCACAAGGAAGAAACACUGAAGAUCGAAGUUCGAACAAACGAAACCGUCAAAGAAUACAAUUCUGACUUAAAGUCUUUGUCUGGAGGAGAACGAUCGUUCGCCACAGUUUGUUUUCUACUGGCUUUGUGGGACGCCGUGGAAUCGCCAUUUCGGAUAUUGGAUGAAUUUGAUGUGUUUAUGGACAUGGCCAAUAGAAGGGUUAGUAUGGACAUGAUGCUAGACACAGCCCUUCAUAAGCUCCGACAUCAGUUCAUUUUCCUAACGCCCCAAGACAUGACCAAGAUCCGAGCUUCUCCCAGGAUUCGAAUCUGUAGGAUGCCAGAUCCCGAUCGACGACAGUCGACUCUGCCUUUCAGCAAGCAGGUUGUAAACUCGUAGAAAAACAUCAAAUUGGAAAGUUGGUUCAGUUUGAAUUUCAAAAGUGAAUUAACUUGGCACGGCACAUUCUUCAUAUUUAUUUGAGCCAGUCAUUCAAAAUUUUUAUACUUGUUUCAGUUAUGACUGUCUUCUUAACUCGUGUAAACAUUCUGUUUAAUUGAAAGUUUAUGGUUGCUUUAUAUAAGCUAAGUUGUUUCUUCAGAUAGAAAACACAGAAUGAUGUGUAAGAAAAACUGUAAGGUAUCAGAAUUUUUCACUGAAUUUGUAGAUUUUAAAAACUAGAGACCUUGUAGAUAUAGUUUUUUUAGAGAUCAAGAGCUCUUAAAGGAUUUCAUGAUUAAUAGCAAUCAUAAUUAAACAGAUGGGCUUGGCCCAUAGGACUGACCUGGUACAUAAGAAGGAUUGAUCACCGUAAUUCUGAUUUUACUACGUGUAUCUACGCAAAAGGCAUUGAAUGUAAAAUGUACAGGUUUGUUGUACACAAAAAAUCAGAUGUUCUACAAAAGUAUUUAUACUCAAAAUGUAUCUGUGAAUUGACGAUGUAAGUUUGACUCAGACAAGUUGGUGAUGUUCAGGUGAAGAAUAAAGAUACUUUUAUCCAUCGUACAGUUUGUUUAAUGCAUUUUCAUAACAUCUGGAACUUCUGAAAUUCAUAUGUACAGUUUUUUCGGUAGCCCUGGACACUGUAUCUGGUAUUUACUCUCCUCUACUACAGUUUUUUCAGUAGCCCUGGACACUGUAUCUGGUAUUUACUCUCCUCUACUACAGUUAUUUCGGUAGCCCUGGACACUGUGUCUGGUAUUUACUCUUCUCUACUACAGUUGUUUUGGUAGCCCUGGACACUGUAUCUGGUAUUUACUCUCCUCUACUACAGUUGUUUCGGUAGCCCUGGACACUGUAUCUGAUAUUUACUCUCCUCUACUAUAGACUGUCACUUAGUCAACAACGUAGGAUAAAAUAACUAGUUGAUAACUCUGACGUCAAAUACAUAAUACCAUGUUGAAUGGUACUCUGUAAAAGG